UCCUCACAUGAAUGCACUCACCUCCUAGAGACCAGGCUGCCAUCAUGCUCUGGAAGCUCGUGGAGAAUGUCAAGUACGAAGAUAUCUAUGAGGAUCUGAUGAGGAACGGGUGCUAGUGAAUGUGGGCAGAGAAAAUAGAGACCAAUAAAGGCAGAGGCUCCUCGUUUUGAGUGUGGGAGAGAAGUAGACUUUCAAGCCUCCUUCGCAACAGACUCGGGCUUUGAAUUUUUAUUUUUAAUAAAAAUUUUGAGAUCGAUAACAAACGGAUCCAAGUAGCGCACGAAAAAUUAGAAAGAGGGUGGUCAACGGACAGACGGAUAGAUGGAUGUAGAGAGCGCGCAAGCCAAGGAGCCGUAGCAGACAAUUUUUUUUAAUUUUCUUUUUUUCUUUCAUGUUUCUCUUCUUUGAGACUCGGGGCGUACAAACGGCCCCAUGUCUUGGCAUUUUUAACGAAAUUUUCUACCCGGGUUGAGUGCGCACGGUUCGUUAGCGCUGAGGCCAAGGGGACUCCCCCUCGGAUGGAGAUGCUGUCUGCGGCCCGGCGGGCGUCUGCCUCCUUGGGGCCGGGCGCGCGGGCCGUGCGCUCGGGGCUCGGGCGCCGACGGAGCGGCGGGGCGGUGGGGCUGCGCGCGAGACGGGCGGCCGGAAGGAGCGGGGACAGCGGCCCAGGCCCGCGGAACUUCGCUCCGAGCGCACCAGCCGGGGAGCCCCCGAAUUAGGGGCUGGGGGGCGGAAAGGGAAAGCGAAGAUUCCGAGGAGACGUCGAGAGAGGGAAGCGAGAAAGAAAAGGUUGGAGGAAGGUGAAAGGAAAGGGGCAGAGGAAUUGGGGAAGGGGGAGGUGGAAGCCGGCGAGCGGGCGGUGGCUGGAGAUCGGGAGGGAGUCGGAGAGGGGAGGUUGAGAAGCCAAGGCUCGGGCGAUCGGCGCGGGAAGCGCUGGGUCGGACGAAGCGAUCGCGGUGGAACGCAGAGGAUCCCCACCCCGCGAGGGACACGCCACCCCGCCCGCUCCGGGACGAUCCCGGAAAGGACGGGGAGCCGCCUUGCGGACCCUGGGAGUGGGCUCCUCCCGACUCCGCCGGCCCAGCCCCGCGACCCAGACCGUGGCUCCGAGGAGCCGGCGCGAGCCUUACUGCCACGGGUGGAGUUUCAGAGGCAGCGCCCGGCGCCCGCGCCAGCAAUCUCCCAGCUCUGCCCAGCCCCGAGUUUUGAUUUUGGGGUGUGUAUGUGUGUGUGUCUGUGUGCGUGUGAGAGAGAGGAGAGAGGGAGAGAGGAGAUUCGUCUUUCUGCGCAGUGAUGACUUGGGGCUUUCCUUUCCUCUUUGUGGUUGUGUAUUGACUGUAACGAGAGAGCCGCGCCUCCGCCUGGUGGGGUUUGUUUCGGUUCGGCCUCCUUUUCUUUCUUUAACAGCCGGGAUAAUGGUCAGUCGAAGGCGCUAGAACAGUCCUAAAGAAUGUGAGCGCCUAAAGUGGGCUUGGCGCGGGCUGGGAUGGGACCACGGUGUAAAUAGCUCCGGGUAUACAGAGGGGCUUCACUGGGUUCCGAAAAGUAAGCAGGAUAAAACUCGUUCUAAGAGUCCAAAAGUAGACUAGCUAAAUGGGAGGGAGGAGGGAGGAAGAGGGAGGGGUGGAGUGGAAGGGGGAAAGAGGGGAGAAUAAAGAGGGUGGGAGAGAGAAGAGACUGACGGAGAGAGACAAGAGAUACUGCAGGUACUCCUAUCUGCCUAAUUUUUCUGCUCAAAAAAAUAUAAGAGAACGCGAAGCCGGUGGAAGGAGGCUAUUUAAGUCAGGAGGAAGGUUGAACUUUAACAGAAAUGGCAGUCAGGCCAGUUGAACGGGUUCCUGAAACAUCCAAAAAGGUUUUCUGUUGCCCCUGGCUUUGCCUGGAAAGGAUAACUUUAGUGUACUUGAAGAUUGAUUGCAUAUAUUUUAAAUUGAAGUUUAAAAAAUCAGACUGCAGGAGCACUAACGAGGGAAAGGCUACACAAGGGAUGGAAAGCCCCCCAUUCUCGCCUCUGUCCUUUAAUAAAUAAGCAUCAUCUCCAGUAUACUGUGAAAGUCUGUAAACGUCACUGUAAACAGACGGGCCCACCGGUUCCUUUGCUCUCCCCUCCAAAGGGGGAGGCAACGCCUUUUUAUUUUGUUUUCUAAUCUGCACGCCAAGCACCUAGGGCGAUCAGUUCUUCCCAUUAGGAAAGUCCCUCUCCAGGAACCUAGACACCUACUGUUCAGCACAAGACCCCAAGGAUGCUCUCCUCUUCACCGUCUGGUCCAGGGGAGCAGGGGCUGCUUUACGCGCGUCCCCGGCUCAGUUAAUUGAAGUUCUGCCUCUUUCCUGCUAAACUUUUUCCCCCGGUCUGCCUUUGCCAGCCCCCUCGUCUGAUUACAUCUAGUAAUUCUCCACUGAAUGAACGUCAUUUACAAUAGUAGGGGAGCUCUGCGCCCGCUGCUGCUUCACGCUCCAUUUGUCCUCCAUUCUCCCUUUAAAGUACUCGUGUAAUAUUAAUAGUCAUGAAUAUCAAUUAUUAUGAGGCGGUGUAGGCAAGCGGAGGGAGGAAGGGGCGCCCGAGCAGUCUGAGCCCAGCUUCGGGCGGAAGAGGACUGCUCCUGGAGCCCCGAAGAACCGCAGAAGAAAAAAGGCCAAAAAGACAAGCAAGAGGCCGAUGAACAGCUCUGUCUGUGUGUGACAGGCGUCGCCAAUCUCGUUUGGGGGUGGGGGGGGGGAUUUUUUUUUUUUUUUUGAUGGCUUGUCCUGGAAACACCUCAAGCUCGGCUCCUGUGUCCAGCUCGUUUCUCUGCUGGACUCCUUGAAUUUUUUUUUUUAAAUCAUUGUUUGAUUUUGAGCAGUAACCAGGCUUUUUUUUCCAGAUGUUAGUCCACACCUAUUCAUCCAUGGACCGGCACGAUGGCGUCCCGAGUCACAGCUCGCGGCUCUCCCAGCUGGGCUCGGUGUCCCAAGGACCUUACUCCAGCGCCCCGCCGCUGUCGCACACCCCGUCGUCAGAUUUCCAGCCGCCCUACUUCCCGCCCCCCUACCAGCCGCUUCCCUAUCACCAGAGCCAGGACCCCUACUCCCACGUCAACGACCCCUACUCCCUGAACCCCCUCCACCAGCCCCAGCAGCAUCCCUGGGGGCAACGGCAGCGGCAAGAAGUGGGUUCAGAAGCCGGUUCUCUCCUGCCCCAGCCUCGGGCCGCCUUGCCCCAGCUCUCGGGCCUCGACCCCCGGAGGGACUACCACUCGGUCCGCCGGCCCGACGUGCUCCUGCACUCGGCACACCACGGCCUUGACGCGGGCAUGGGGGACAGCCUCUCGCUGCACGGCCUCGGCCAUCCCGGCAUGGAGGACGUCCAGUCAGUUGAAGAUGCCAAUAACAGCGGCAUGAAUCUAUUGGACCAGUCUGUCAUAAAAAAAGUUCCGGUUCCUCCCAAAUCUGUGACUUCUCUGAUGAUGAAUAAAGAUGGCUUCUUAGGAGGCAUGUCCGUCAACACUGGCGAGGUGUUUUGCUCGGUCCCAGGCCGUUUGUCUCUGCUUAGUUCAACUUCAAAAUACAAAGUAACUGUGGGAGAAGUUCAGAGACGGCUGUCGCCCCCCGAAUGCCUCAAUGCGUCUCUCCUCGGCGGCGUCCUCAGAAGAGCCAAAUCGAAAAAUGGAGGGAGAUCUUUGCGAGAAAGGCUAGAAAAAAUCGGUUUGAAUUUACCCGCUGGCAGACGCAAAGCAGCAAAUGUCACGUUACUCACCUCCCUGGUGGAAGGAGAAGCUGUUCAUUUAGCUCGGGAUUUUGGGUAUAUUUGCGAAACGGAGUUUCCCGCCAAAGCUGUUUCUGAAUAUUUGAACCGGCAGCACACGGACCCCAGUGACCUGCACUCCCGGAAGAAUAUGCUGCUGGCCACCAAGCAACUUUGUAAAGAAUUUACGGAUCUGCUGGCUCAGGACCGGACUCCGAUCGGGAACAGCCGGCCCAGCCCCAUCCUGGAGCCGGGGAUCCAGAGUUGCCUCACGCACUUCAGCCUCAUCACGCAUGGCUUCGGCGCCCCGGCCAUUUGCGCCGCGCUCACGGCCCUGCAGAACUAUCUCACCGAGGCGCUCAAAGGCAUGGACAAGAUGUUCUUGAACAACACCACCACUAACAGGCACACGUCUGGGGAAGGCCCAGCUUUGCCCGCAUGGUUUAUGAGCUUCUUCAAAGAGGACUUGGGCUUCCUACACAAUCUAUAAGGUACAGAGAAAAAAAAAUCCGAUCCCUUUUUAAUCAAAGCCUGUGUGUCAGAAUUCUGCAGGUGCACUUCUUUAAAGAAGCUCAAAGGGAAUAAUUUAGAAAGUGGCCAAUAAGAGAUUGAAGCAGCUUUGAGUCUAGUAGUUAACAGAUACUUCAACAUGGAAUUCCGGAGGAGUGGGGAGCAGCUAAGUGAAUUUUAGGGGAGAGGAGUAAGGGUUCUUGGAGCCCAAUAUUUUAAUAUUACUGACUCGCCUUUAAAAUGGAUUCCAUUUCCUUGAGCUCUUUGGCAAUUUUGGGAAAAGCAGCAGCUUUGGGGGUGGUUGAGUGGUCCUGGGAAGAAGGGUGGUGCAAGCUCCUGUGUUUCAGCAGCAAUUACUUUCUUAAAAGAUGCUUUAUAAUGCCGCCCCCCCCCCAAGACAUGCACUUGUUUUGACAAUAAUGGUAAAAUAACGCAAAGUGAAAGGAGAUGUACUUCAGCUUUGAAUGUUACCGUCUGGAUACACUGGGGCUAUUCCCGGUGGAUGAAGUCUCAUGCACUUAAUAUCUCUCAUUUCUGGCAGCCCAGCUCCUUUCUUGGGCUUUACCUGAGCAUUAUCAUGAAAUAAAAUCUGAAAUCCAUUGUUCCCACCAUCCCCAAAGCAGUGGGAAAUCCCCAGGGGUAUAAGUGGGUGAGAUCUCUAAAAUAGAAUGUGAAUGAACGCAUCUCUUUAACCAAAGUAGGCAUUAGGAGGUUUGCAGCAUCUCUUGAAGAUAAAGCUCCAGAGGUCUGUUCUGCAGAAUUUACAGUUAGGACCCACUGGGACUCUUAGGCCGGCACCCCUGGGGCCUUGGCCUGGGGAGGGGGAAGGUUGAAGGGUGGGACUUAGGAACCUGAUGAAAGUUUUGCGCUGACAUGUUUAUGGGGGAGGGAGUUAGGGACCUGGUUUUAGGUCAUCAGGAGGGCCCAAGCAACGGUUGAUGUCAGACCCCAGUCCAUCCACUGUCAGCUCCUUUGAGGACUUCUGGAUGUGCAGGGCCCAGACAUAGAUGAGUUGAUACGAGUACAAAGGUCGGGAGCUAGACUUCAUGGAGCGUGUAGAUGCUCCAUCCCUUCCUAGCUUAGAAGCCUGCGCCUUUGUCCGAGGGCCUGGCCGCUUGCAUAAGACGUAUUCUGAUUGCCAAAGGCAGAAAGGAGAAACUGCACUGAAAACCAUCGUCUCCUUUCCUUGCAGGGCAACGCGCCCCACGCGUGUGACGUGCGAGAGACGCGAUGGAUGCGCCUUGCUCUUACUGUGCAGGUCCCGAGAGCGUGGGGGCCACUCGCGCCCAGUCGUGUUGAGGACAUAGAAUCAGCCGCUGGAGGGGCCGCGGGCCGCGCGGGCCCUUCCCGCUCUCGGUCUCACCCUAAGGGCUAAGGCGACCGAGAAAGCCCGGUGCUCCAGUAGGUAAUGGGGCGGCGCCCCGAGGGCUGCAGGCUAGAGGGGUCUCAGUGCUGCUCGAGCCCCUAACUGCCAGCGGCUGCCAGGGGCGCCUGCUCCCCGAGGGCGAGUGGCCUAGAAAUGUCCAGGGGAUCGGAAGCUUCCCCCGCCUUUGCCAGGAUGAAAACUCUCCACCCUCAGGCUCCUAAAGGCGGGUCAUGGGUAGGAAUUGUCUUACUGGGCUGCGCAGCCUCGUUCGUCGCCCCUUCGCCCCUCUCAGUGCGCGUUCCUCCCGCCCGGGCUGAACAGAGCCCUUGGCAUCCCUUCCCUGCAACUCCCCACCCCACCCCACACACACGUGGAUAGAGCUCACUGCCCCCUUUCCCUCCCUCAUUUCUCCUUUCAUGUAUGACUCCCGCCUCCUUGCUUUCGUUAGGCCUGCUACGUUUAUCUGAUAAUUGAGUUAUUAAAAGAUUUGGUUUCCUUGGGCCCAUAAAUCAAUAAACAGUGGGAUUAACGCAAGGCUUUGUCUUUUAAGUCAAGGGAAACGUUUAAAACAAGCCCCUUUGAGCCUUGUUUUCAAACUAAACAGGUGAGUCGCAGCUCUCCCCUGCACCCCUGCCCUCUUAAGACACUGUAUCCAAACCUCUUAAGUGCCCUGUCCCAAAGUAAGAGCUAAAGGUAGGAAGGAAGAGUCAGGAUAUGGCAGCGCUGCCUUCACACUUUUCACUCUGUAAGUUCCUUUGGAGGUUCUAAAGGUUUUCUGACCAGUCUGUCCAAUCCUGCCUCCUCUUAUAUGUAUGGUGGCUCUCCUGGGAGGAGGAGAGAGAGAGAGAAAAGAAGGGCUGUUUUGAGUGAGGAUUUCAUCAUCCAAGUGAUCGUUAACUUCUCUCCCAAACUGGGAAGGUAAUUUUCUCCCUCGCAGUUAGCUUGCAUUUUCUUUUCCUUCUCUCUGACACCGCAUCCUUAGCUUUCUCCACUUUCAAAGUUUCAAAGACAUGGCUGUUUUAUUUUCUUUGGCCAAGGAAACCACUUUCUCUCAAGCAAUUAUUUUAGAUCCUAUGAAAACUUUGUUCGAAUGGAAAUCCUGAAACCCCCAACUUAUCUACACGCUGUUCCUCCGGUACAAAGCCUUACCUAAAAGGGCAAUUCAUUCCUACUUAGCGUGUUUAUAGACAACUUGUCAUCACAUCUGAUAUUCUGUAUGCAUAAUACAUUAUGUGGAAAGGAAAUAAACUUAAACCAUCUGAUGUUGCCUCAAGAGCCCAGUGUUUCCCCCCCUCCUGUGCCGAUGUAUGUUAAAUUAUAGGGUUAAAAAAAAUAACAAAAUUCGUUUUGUUUUCUUUUAAAAAGUAGAAUGAACACCAUUCUUGAAAUGCCAAAAUCGACUCCUCGGUUGAGUUGGUCUCUCACUCACUAACGUUUUUGACACACAAUCGAGAAAUAUCAAUCUAUUGACUCUUCAGGAGAAGAGCUCUGGAGGGUAUCCAUGUUAAGUUUGUAUAUAUUUAUUUAUGCUUAAUUUAAUGGGAAUGUGUAAAUAUGGCGAGCCAAGUAGUUUGGGAUUAUUUAUCUGUGAAUCUAUACCUCUGUGAAUGGGUGGUUAAAAAAAAAAAAAAAACCGCUUGACCCUAGGUAGAAUCCUCUCUGAAUUUUUCUGUUCUUUAUAGACAAGCUGUUAUGGUAAUGGGUAGAAAUUGGUUUAUUGUCCAGUGUUGAUCUGAUUUACAUAAAUAAAAGAUUGUUGUGUUUUUGUUGUGUUUUCAUCUUCAGUUUCUUGAACAUACUGUUUAAUUCUACAGACAGAAAGAGUAUAGCCAAGGUUUCCUUUUUGUCCCCCACUCCAUCAUAUAAACACAGGCAGUGUUUUUCUUACAAUAAAUACAAUAAAUUUUGCUUCUCAGAAAAAUGGA